UGUUUUUUGUUGUACUCGUGUAAAAGAAAAGUUCAAGGGAAGAGAACAGGCUCAAGUCUGCUUCUCACGCUGGCUCUGGGGAUUAGGAAAUUCAGAAAGUUUUGAUUCAGACUGGCAGUGCUGUCUGAUAUAAACACAGCGUCAAGUACUGCACGCUGCAGCUACCUGAGGCCCCCGAACGGCCAGUCUCCCCGCUUUUCCAGUGGUCCAUAGAAGCAAAAGAAAGGAGAGACAGAAGAGGGAAGAGGUGCGUGGGAGGUUUAGGCUGAUUUAAAAGUGAAAGAAAGUAACCAAUUGGUUCGCAGACAACCUUAAAAGGCUGGUGAUUCAAACCCCUAGCCCCACCUGCUCCGUUUCCCGCCUAGCUGGAGCUCUGGAGUCUUUGCUUCCUCAAAUGCGAGCGGGACCUGCACUGAGCGCUGGAUUCCAGACCCAGUGCUGGCGAGGCCCGCAGUGAGACAGCACACAGGGCGCUGGGGUGCUCCGCGGGGCACGGGCACGGGCGCGGCCCUGGGGGGCUCGAGUCCCUACUGGGAGGGGAAGGAGCUGGGUGCCUGGAAGUCAGGGACUGACAGCGCCACCCAUCUGGGGAGCCGGGAGGACACAGGUUUUAUUCUGGUGGUGCUGAAGCCAAGCAAGUCAUUUAGUAUUUCAGCUGAACCAUCCAUUCAUCUUCAAGCCAUCAUGAGCUGUAAGAAGCAGAGGUCACAGAAGCACUCAGUCAAUGAAAAAUGUAAUAUGAAAAUCGAUCGCUAUUUUUCUCCGGUCUCUAAAAAGCAACAGAAUAAUUCCAGUACUUCUCAAAUGAGGUUGGAGUCUAGAGGAGGCCCAAGAGACGUAACUAAUACCCAGGCUCAAGAAUUCCAUUCACUUAAGAAAAAUCCAGAAGACCAGACUAUGCCCAAAAAUAGGAUAAUACUUGUUACCUUGGAUGUAAACUACAGGAAAAACCAAAAUAUGAAACAUGAGCUCACACAUAGUGAGAAUGGUAGCUUAUAUAUGGCUCUCAACACUCUCCAGGCUCUCAGAAAAGAGAUAGAAACUCACCAAGGCCAAGAAAUGCUUGUGCGUGGCACAGAAGGAAUCCAAGGGUACAUAAACCUGGGAAUGCCCCUCAGUUGUUUCCCUGAAAGCUGCCACGUGGUCAUUACGUUUUCCCAAAGUAAAAGUAAGCAGAAGGAAGAUAACCACGUAUUUGGCCGGCAUGACAAAGCAUUGACUGAAUGUGUCAAAUUUUACAUUCAUGCAAUUGGAAUUGGGAAGUACAAAAGAAGGAUUGUUAAAUGUGGGAAGCUUCACAAAAAGGGGUGCAAACUCUGUGUUUAUGCUUUCAAAGGAGAAACCAUCAAGGACGCUCUGUGCAAGGAUGGCAGAUUUCUUUCCUUUCUGGAGAAUGAUGAUUGGAAACUCAUUGAAAACAAUGACUCUAUUUUAGAAAGCACCCAGCCAGUCGAUGAAUUAGAAGGCAAACACUUUCAGGUUGAGGUUGAGAAAAGAAUGGUCCCCAGUGCAGCAGCUUCUCGGAAUCCUGAGUCAGAGAAAAGAAACACCUGUGUGUUGAGAGAACAAAUCGUGGCUCAGUACCCCAGUCUGAAAAGAGAAAGUGAAAAAAUCAAGGAAAACUUCAAGAAAAAAAUGAAAGUAAAAAAUGGGGAAACAUUAUUUAAAUUGCAUAGAGUAAAGUUUGGGAAAGUAACAAAAAACUCUUCUUCGAUUAAAGUAGUGAAACUUCUUGCACAUCGCAGUGACUCAGUUGGGUACUUAUUCUGGGACAGUGCAACUACGGGUUGCGCCACCUGCUUUGUUUUUAAAGGAUUGUUCAUUUUAACUUGUCGGCAUGUAAUAGAUUACAUUGUGGGAGACGGAAUAGAGCCAAGUAAGUGGGCAGCCAUAAUUGGUCAAUGUGUAAGGGUGACAUUUGGUUAUGAAGAGCCAGAAGGAAAGGAAACAAACUACUUUUUCGUUGAACCUUGGUUUGAGAUACAUAAUGAAGAGCUCGACUAUGCUGUCCUGAAACUGAAGGAAAAUGGACAACAAGUACCUAUGGAACUAUACAAUGGAAUUACUCCUGUGCCACUUGGUGGGUUGAUACAUAUUAUUGGCCAUCCAUAUGGAGAAAAAAAGCAUAUUGAUGCUUGUGCUGUGAUCCCCCAGGGUCAGCGAGCAAAGAAAUGUCAGGAACAUGUUCAGUCUAAAGAAGCAGAAAGUCCAGGGUAUGUCCAUAUGUAUACUCAAAGCAGUUUCCAGAAAAUAGUUCACAACCCUGAUGUGAUUACCUAUGACACUGAGUUUUUCUUCGGGGCUUCCGGCUCCCCUGUGUUUGAUUCAAAAGGUUCAUUGGUGGCCAUGCAUGUUGCUGGCUUUACUUAUAACUACCAAAAUGAGACUCGUAGUAUCAUUGAGUUUGGCUCUACUAUGGAAUCCAUCCUCCUUGAUAUUAAGCAAAGACAUAAGCCAUGGUAUGAAGAAGUAUUUGUAAGUCAGCAGGAUGUAGAAAUGAUAAGUGGUGAGGACUUGUGAGAAUUCAGUCUGUUAGAUUUAAAGGAAUGACUUAUGGAGUUAUUUCAUAGACAUUGAUAAUGGUUUUCUAAAUUCCAAAAUGGUCAUCUUAUCAAUAAUAAUAAUAAUAACCGUUUUCUAUCUGCCAAACAUUUUUCUAAGCACAUAAAGAAAUUAGUCCUAAAAACACUCUGAGAUAGACUAUAACUUGCCCAGUUUUUUGUUUGUUUCUUUGUUUGUUUUGUUUUGUUUUGUUUGAGACUGAGUCUCACUCUGUCGCCCGGGCUGGAGUGCAGUGGUGCAAUCUCAGCUCACUGCAACUUCCACCUCCCAGGUUCAAGCAAUUCUUACGCCUCAGCCUCCUGAGUAGCUGAGAUUACAGGCAAACGCCACCACACCCAGCUAAUUUUUUUUAUUUUUAUUUUUAUUUGCAUUUUUAGUAGAGACAGUUUCACCAUGUUGGUCAGGCUGGUCUCGAACUCCCGACCUCGUGAUCUGCCUGCCUCAGCCUUCCAAAGUGCUGGGGUUACAGGUGUGAGCCACCACGCCUGGCCAACUUGCCCUAUUUUAAAGUCAAGCAAUGUGAAGAAUAACAAGAUUAAAUAAUAAUCAGUUUCAUGACACUAAAAGUCUUACAAUCAUUGGGUUUUUUCAUCUUUCAUAUCUUUGCCUAAAUUCAUUUGCUACAGUGCAGGAACCAAAACUUGUUCAUCUCAUGAUUCCCUACAUCUGACAUAAGGAAAAUAAGUGCUCAGAAAAAUGUGCAGGUCAAUCAGUUGCAAAAGUUGGGGCUGCAGUUGAUGCUUACGUAAGAGCUAAAUGCUUGAUUAGAAAUGAUCUCAAAAUCUUUUAGAAUUUUCAAAAUCCUCAUAUUACUGAAACUGUCAGAAUAUAUGGGUCCUGAAAUUCCCAUAUUUAUAGGCUAUUGAGGCAAGAGAUAUCUUAAACAUCAUAUUACUUUAUUUAGAUUUCUACUAUUUCGAUUAUUAAUGUUAUGUUUUUCUCAUUGUUUUACUUCUUCAUGGUAUUAUGAAGACUGUAUAGAUGAUUCAACCAAGCCUGCAAAUCUCCCUCAUUUGGAAUUCCACUGGACCCAUUCUGUUUUCCAUUGCCAUUGCAAUGCUACUAAAGCCAUGCAAUAUCAAGCACCCUCCCUCUAGGUCCAGGGACUAUAACAGAAGGUGGGCAUGUAGGAUUUUAACGGCUGGUUUCAAGGGGUGGAGUGUAGGAAAACAGCCUGUUUUAUUGCAAGAGUGAUGUCAUCUUGAAGUGUAGCUGGCACGAUGACUGCUGUUUGACUCCUGCAUACCAAGAUAUUCUGCAGCAAUGUCUUUAAACAAUGCUGAUAGUGCAGAUAACCCCUCAUAAAGAUGCUUAUCUAACCUCCCCAGUGGUCAAAUGUUUCACAAGAAAGUCUGAGAUAUGACCAGCUACACGUUUUGCCAAAAAUGCUUGCUAUAUAAAGGGUACUUUUGGGAGGGUGAGUGCCACCAUUUAGUGGCUGCUAGAAACAUUGCUUCUGUUUAUAAGUUCCUAUUAAGUGUUUCUUUCUGAGAAACCAUAUUUGUCAGCCUCUUUGUUUGACCUCUCAGCUUCUUUGGUCUUUGGGGAUAGGUUUGCACAGACCUGCUCACCGUGAAACACCUGGUGACUUUUAAUGAAGAAUGGUAUUAGAAACCAAGAUCUAGGCACUAGAUAUGCUCAUCGCUGGUGGGGUGUUGUUUCUUUUAGGCCCCCUUAGCUGACAGGGCAAAGAAAUAUUUGUGUGUAUAUUUACCCAUAUAUGUAUAUAUAUACAUAUGUAUAUAUGCCUUCCUUAUCUGUAAAUUCCAACUCCAAACAGUGAGAAGCAUGAGAUGCCUGCCAUCCCUCACACAUUCACUUAAUUGCUUAAUCCAACUAUACAUAUAUAGCAGUGUCAGAAUUGUUAACCUCUACCUCAAUGGGAAAUAAUUUUAUCAACUAGAAUACAGUGCCAACAUGCAAUUUCCUUGCUUUUAGUCUUACAUAUUCCAUUCAUUCCCAAAGUUAUUUCAGUCACCCUCUUGUUUCUCACCUCCUUCAGUGACGUUUUAUAUGCUUAUAAUACAGUCAUACAUACAUAUAAUAGAUUUUCUUGUCAUAGUUUGAAUUCUUUCCUUUGACCCCAUGACCUCCUAAAUGAUAUUUUAAUGUGUAUCCAUUGAUUCACUCUGUGCUGUAAAGUUCUAUGGGUUUUAUCAUACAGAAUAGUUACAUUACCCUAGAAAUCUGUGCUUCACCUAUGUAUCCCUCAUAUCCCUCCCCUCUCCCCUGAACCCCAGCCAAAAAAAAAAAAAAAAAAAAACUGAUCUUUUUACUAUAUGGUUUUACAUCUUCUAGAAUGCUAUAUAAUCAGAUUCUGUUUAUAUAUUUAGUACAUUUUCCACAUUUUUCCUUUUUGUUGUUGGUGGUGACUUUUCUGCUUAAAUGGGCCCCAUUCAUAAAACUGAGGUUCUGUCGAGUGUUCCCUAGCAACAGAUGGCUCCGAUAUGCCUUAUAAAGAAAAUGUAUGUAUUAGAUAAGCUUUUCAGACAUGAGUUACAGCAUUUUUGGCUGUGAGUUCAAUGUUAAGAAAUCAACAAUAUAUAUUAAAUAAGAUGUCUUUUUAACAGAAACACACAUAAAGCAACUUUAUGUACUGACUUUGAUGAAAAUGAAGAUAAUAGGAAUUUAACACUGUGUUACUCCUAAAGGCAAUGCUUCAGUAUUUGCUAAUUCAGUAUUUGCGGCAUCUUUAUAACUACCACAAUAAUGAGAAUUGACUGUAUCAUUUCAAAUAUGGUUUCAAGCCUAGUGCCUCUCUAAUCAUCACAGAGACUUAAACUUAUGUGACUUUACUGUUUAUUAAAACAAUUUCUGACAUAUUUUCUUAAUA